AUGGAGUACGAACUUGAUCACCGGCCUUCCGAUAUCGACUCUCCCAACAACGACAAUGCCAGCGACAAUGCCAGCAAUGAAACAGAAACAAUCACAGGUAUCGAGCAGCAAUACCUCCACCCCGCCGACCGCGGUCUUCACGCCUACCUCUCCCUCUUAUCCAGCUUCAUCCUCGAAGCGCUCAUCUGGGGAUUCGCAUUCACUUUUGGAAUUUUCCAGCAAUAUUACUCCACCCACCCACCGUUCAACAAGGAUGUAUCCAAUAUCGCCGUCAUCGGAACUUGUAGUAUGGGCAUAAUCUACAUCCUAUCGCCAUUGGUUUUUGGUUUGCUGUUGGGGUUCCCGAAAUUGAAGCGGUAUUCGUCGGCUUUUGGGCUUUGUGUCAUGGUGCCCGCGUUGUUGGGUUCAUCGUUUGCGAAUACCACGACCCAAUUACUCGUCACGCAGGGCAUUGCAUAUGCCAUUGGCGCGAGUUUUGCGUAUGCGCCGCUGAUUCUCUUUAUGGAAGAGUGGUUUGUGAAAAGGCGCGGAUUCGCAUUUGGGAUUAUGUGGGCAGGAACAGGCGUCUCCGGCGUCGUCCUCCCUCUAGUAAUGCAAUGGCUCAUCAACACCCAUGGCUUUCGCACAACCCUGCGCGUUUGGUCCACUGUUCUCCUGGUGCUGAUCGGCCCACUCCUCUACUUCGUCAAACCGCGCAUCCCCAUCGCCCAAAACUCGAGUACGAGACCAUUCAACCUCAAAUUCUUACGAAACAAGAGUUUCAUGAUCUUCCAACUGGGUAACAUGCUGCAAGCAUUAGGAUUUUUCCUGCCAACUAUUUAUCUGCCAACCUAUGCGACUAAUACGCUUGGCGUGAAUGCGGUUGUUUCUUCGUUGACAGUCAUCCUUUUCAAUCUUGCGUCGGUCUUUGGAUGUAUUGUCAUGGGCGCAAUGGUUGAUCGGUACCAGGCUACGACGUGCAUCCUGCUCUCGACAAUCGGGAGCACGGUCUCGGUCUUUCUCAUCUGGGGGUUUUCGUCCUCUCUUGCACCUUUACUCAUUUUUUGCGUGGUAUACGGCGUCUUCGCUGGGUCCUUCUCCUCAACCUGGCCCGCUAUUAUGCGUGAAGUCAAGAUCCAGGAAACAUCCGUCGAACCGGCGAUUGUAUUUGCGUUUUUGGCUGCCGGGAGAGGGAUUGGGAAUGUUGCUAGUGGGCCCCUGAGUGAUGGGUUGUUGCAAGGGUAUCCGUUUGAGGGUGUUUUGGGGGGUGCGUAUGGGACUGGAUAUGGCAGUUUGAUUGUUUUUACGGGUGUGACGGCUUUGUUGGGUGGGUUGAGUGUUUUGGCGAGGCCGUUGAAGUUGAUUUGA